AAACUGACACAAAAACUCUCACAACGGGGUGGAGCCCGUUUGCAGCUACACAGAAGGAUAUGCUUAUUUGCUUUAACACCAGAGUGCUUCUGAAGGAUGAACAGCGGCGGACCAGCAUAUCCAUUAGCCUCUCUGUAUGUCGGUGACCUUCAUGCUGAUGUCACAGAGGCCAUGCUAUACCAGAAGUUCUCUCCUGCUGGUCAGAUCAUGUCCAUUCGUGUUUGCCGUGAUGUAAUUACGCGGAGAUCCCUUGGAUAUGCUUACAUAAACUUCCAGCAGCCUGCUGAUGCGGAGUGUGCCCUUGACACAAUGAACUAUGAAGUCAUUAAAGGUCGCCCAAUCAGGAUCAUGUGGUCACAGCGAGAUCCUGGUCUGAGAAAGUCUGGUGUGGGAAACAUCUUCAUCAAGAACAUGGAUGAGUCUAUUGACAACAAGGCUCUUUAUGACACCUUUUCUGCUUUUGGUAACAUCUUGUCAUGUAAGGUAGUUUGUGAUGAAAACGGCUCAAAGGGUUAUGGGUUUGUGCACUUUGAGACCCAAGAAGCAGCUAACAGAGCAAUUGAGACGAUGAAUGGCAUGCUUCUGAAUGAUCGCAAAGUAUUUGUAGGGCACUUUAAAUCCCGUAAAGAGCGCGAGGCAGAGAUGGGAGCUAAAGCUGUGGAGUUCACCAAUGUGUAUAUUAAGAACUUUGGUGAAGACAUUGACAGUGAGAAACUGAAGAAUAUCUUCACUGAAUUUGGUAAAACUCUUAGCGUCUGUGUGAUGACUGAUGAAAGGGGACGCUCCCGUGGCUUUGGAUUUGUCAAUUUUGUCAACCAUGGCGAUGCUAGGAGGGCAGUAACUGAAAUGAAUGGCAAAGAGCUCAAUGGCAGGGUCCUGUAUGUAGGCAGAGCUCAGAAAAGACUCGAGAGGCAGGGAGAGCUCAAGCGCAAGUUUGAGCAAAUUAAGCAAGAGCGCAUACAACGUUACCAGGGGGUUAAUCUCUAUGUGAAAAAUCUGGAUGACAGCAUUGAUGAUGAGAAGUUGAGGAAGGAGUUUGCACCUUAUGGAACCAUCACCAGCGCAAAGGUGAUGACUGAUGGAGGCCACAGUAGAGGCUUUGGAUUUGUUUGUUUUUCCUCUCCCGAAGAGGCCACAAAGGCAGUGACUGAGAUGAACGGGCGUAUUGUUAGCACUAAACCACUUUAUGUGGCUCUUGCCCAAAGAAAAGAGGAACGAAAGGCCAUCCUCACUAAUCAGUACAUACAGAGACUAGCCAGCAUCCGAGCUAUCCCUGGCCCUGCAAUACCCACCACCUACCAGCAGGGCUCCGGUUACUACAUGACCUCUGUGCCACAAGUUCGCUCUUUUUAUAAUGCUGUACCAAACCUGCGCCCUGCACCACGCUGGGCAUCUCAAGCUCCUAGGACACAAGGUCCAUUUCCAGCUCAGUUUGUGAGGCAAGCAGUGCCACGGAGGCCCUCCACUACCAUCAGCACUGUCCGCCAGGCCUCCACUCAGGUUCCUCACAUAAACAACACCCAACGAAUGGCCAACAUUGGGACCCAGACUGCAGGCGGGAGAGCUGCGGGAACUGCAGUCAGAGGAGUCAGCCAAUACAAGUACUCAGCAGGGGUUCGAAACGUGCAACAGGUCAUUAAUGCCCCAGCUCCUGUUGUUCAUCAGGUUGUGCAAAAUACAGAACCAGCAGUUCAUAUGAAAGGCCAGGAGCCCCUUACUGCCUCAAUGCUGGCAGCUGCACCUUUAAAAGAGCAGAAACAACUACUGGGCGAGCGGCUGUACCCACUCAUCCAGAUUUUGCAUCCUGCACUUGCGGGAAAGAUCACAGGGAUGCUGCUGGAGAUUGAUAACUCUGAGCUGUUACACAUGCUGGAAUCUCCAGAGUCUCUGCACGCUAAGGUCGAAGAGGCAGUAGCGGUGCUUCAGGCUCAUCAAGCCAAGGAAAUGUCAGCUAAGUGAGGGGGCUCUGAAAGGCAGGCAAUCUCCGUCUUCUACAUCAAUUUGGUCUUUGUAUUUAGUUCUGCUUAGUAGUGCACUUAAAUGUUCCUUCAUUUCAUUCUUGCAGGCAUCCGACUGGAAGUCUUUGAAUAGAGGAAUGGUUCACAAUGGCUCUUUAGAGUCAUGCUAUGUUAAGCGUGCUUCACACACUGCAAAUGUUCUUUUGCUCUAUCAUUAUGUUUUUUCUGAUUUUGUUUAUUAUAUAAAAAAGGAAAUAAUGACAAGUAAAAUGACAAAUGGAAAAAAAAAA